AUUUGAAGUAAAAAGUAAGGUUAUAUCCAAUUUAAACUCGAUUUUAUCUGAUUCUAGCGCUAAAUAUGAAUAAAAAAUCGAAAAAAGGUUGGAAAACGUUUGAUUUUGACGAUGAAAAUCCAAAAGAAACUACUAAAAGAACUCUAAAUAAAAGCACCCCACUUAAAGAACCCCCAAAGCCAAUUAAAGAGCAUAAAUUUGAAGCUUUAAUAACCCCAAAACUAAUUGAAGACUUGGCGGUUCAUAGUAAAAAAAUAAAUGAGGUUAGAUCUUGGUUAGAAAGGAAUGUUCUCCGGGUAAAAUCCAAGCGAAAUGGGUCAAUUCUUUUAAUAACCGGUCCGACUGGUUGUGGGAAAACGAUAACUCUAAAUGUUUUAUGUAAAAUAAUGAAUAUUGAUGUGUCGGAGUGGAUAAACCCGAUCGAUAAAGAUUACGAGGACUUCAAAGGCCCAGGUCAAACAUCGCAAUUAAUUCAUUUUUUAUCAGAGUCGAAAUAUCCUUCGUUAUUAACUUUAAACACAACGAAACUCGUUUUGAUUGAGGAUUUUCCAAAUUCUGUUAUAAAUAAUCCGGAUGAUUUCUCAAAAAUAUUGCAGAAAGCUUAUAACACCGAAAUAGCCGUUGUGUUUAUUUGCACAGAUGAAACUAGCAGCAUCAUUAAUUUAUCACAAAAAUUAUUUCCUCAAGAUCUUAGGAAUUUGUAUCAAAUAACAGAAAUUAGUUUCAAUUCUUGCUCAUCAACUCAAUUAAAACAGUGUUUAAAACGCGUCCAAACCAUCAUAGAAUCCUCCACAGAUUUAAACCCACCCCCAAAAACGCAAAACGAAGUCCUAAUGAGUAACAUAAUUCUUUCCUCAAUGGGUGAUAUUCGCUGUGCUAUUAAUCAGUAUUAUUUUGCCUGCUUAAAAAGCUCCAACGUUUCGUUAAAUUCACCUAUUUUAAAACCGAACGCUAAAAGGAAACGAUCCGAAAAGAAUUCUACCCUAAAAAAUCCAAAACACAUCAAAGAAAUGAUGAAAGAUGAAACUUUGAAUUUUUUUCAUAGUUUAGGGCGCGUCCUCAAUUCGAAACGAGUUGAAAGUGGGUCUUCGUGGCGACUUAAAGCGGAUAUAAAUAAUUUAAUUGAUGCUUUGAGUAUCCAACCAAGUACUUUUAACGCUUUUUUAUACGAAAAUUAUUUAAAAUAUUUCGGGGAUUUAAACGAUGUUUCAAAAGCGGCCGAUUCUUUGAGUGCCGCUCAAAUUGUUUUGGGGAAGUGGACGGAGAAUCAAGAAAAUUUGAUUUAUGGGUUAUGGAUUUCCGUUUUGGGGGUUAUGGUUAAUAAUGAACAUCGGGUUUCUAUGUGGACACCGAUUAAUGCACCAAAAAAGUUUACGAAAACGUUAAAGUGUCAAGUUGAUGAGAUAAACGUUGAAGAUAGAUUUUAUGUUAAUCGAAUAACGAAAGGGGAUCGUUAUAAAUCGCAUUUAUUAAAACAAUAAUUUAUUUAUCCUACAAUUUAUUCUUUUAACUGAAUUGUUAUACUUUUCCGGAUAAUAGCAACUUUUAAAACUC